AUGAAGUUGGAUGUCACUAAACAGUUCCUGACCCGGUCAGACCGUGUUAAGGGGAUCGAUUUCCACCCCCUGGAACCGUGGAUCUUGACCACGUUAUAUGACGGGAAAAUUGAAAUCUGGUCAUACGCCACAAACACCUUGGUGAAGUCAAUCCAAGUAACCGAGUUACCAGUGAGAACUGGGAAGUUCAUUGCACGUAAAAACUGGAUCAUUGUGGGAUCGGACGACUAUAAUGUAAGAGUAUACAACUACCUGACUGGAGAAAAGGUUGCUCAAUGGGAGGCACACCCAGACUAUGUAAGAGAUAUCGCUGUGCACCCUUCCAAACCAUACGUUUUGACGUGUUCGGAUGAUUUGACCAUCAAAUUGUGGAAUUGGGAACAGAACUGGAAGUUGGAACAAGUGUUUGAAGGCCAUCAACACUUUGUCAUGGCUGUUAACUUCAACCCUAAGGACCCCUCCACCUUUGCCUCAGCAUGUUUGGAUCGUACCGUUAAAGUUUGGUCUCUCGGAUCAUCGCAGCCAAAUUUCUCUCUCGUUGCUCACGACCUGAGAGGUGUCAACUGGGUCGACUAUUAUCCACAAGCUGACAAGCCUUACUUGAUCUCUACGUCUGACGACAAGACUAUCAAGGUUUGGGAUUACCAGACCAAAUCAUGUGUAGCUACCUUGGAGGGCCAUUUGGCAAACGUUUCCUUUGCCAUUUUCCACCCAGAGUUGCCUAUCAUCAUAUCCGGGUCUGAAGACUCAACUGUCAAGUUUUGGAACUCCAACACUUUCAAAUUGGAAAAAUCCGUCAACUACGGCUUGGAAAGAGUCUGGUGUUGUGGAUUGUUACCAAAAUCAAACGUUAUGGCCAUUGGUUGUGAUGCUGGGUUUGCCAUCUUGAAGUUGGGUAGUGAGAAGCCCUUAUUCUCUAUGGAUUCAAAUAUGAAGUUGAUCUACGGUAAGAAUUCAGAAAUCUUCCAAUCCGUCAUUAAGCCAACUUUAACCGAAGGGUUAAAGGAUGGUGAACAACUCCCAUUGCAACAAAGAGACUUGGGAUCCAUUGAAAUCUAUCCACAAUCUUUAAAACACUCUCCUAACGGAAGAUAUGCCACUGUUUGCGGUGACGGGGAAUACAUUGUUUACACUGCUUUGUCUUGGAGAUCUAAAUCCUAUGGAAGAGCUGUUGAUUUCGUAUGGAACACCAGCGAUUAUUCUAAUUCUUGUACAUUUGCCAUUAGAGAGUCUUUGACGCUGGUUAAGGUUUUCAAAAACUUUGAAGAAACAUUGACAAUCGAUUUAAUAUAUCAAGCUGAUAAAAUUUUUGCUGGUACCUUGUUAGGUAUUAAGCUGGAAGGUUGUAUAUCAUUUUACGAUUGGACCUCCGGUAAGUUGGUCAGAAGAGUUGACUUGGAUGAUGAUAUUCAAGAGGUUGUCUGGAGUGACAACGGAGAAUUGGUUGCUAUCUUGACAACCAGGAGUUCAUCUUCCUCAGAUGAAAAGAGUGGUAGCUCAUCUGCAGAUGAAACUUAUUUCUUGAGCUAUGAUCACUCUGUAUUUGAAGCCGCAUUGAACGAAGACGCUCUUGACGUGGAAGAAGGUGCAGAAGAUACAUUUGACGUGUUGUACACUUUACCGACCUCAGAAUCAAUAUUAUCAGGUAAAUUUAUUGGUGAUGUUUUCGUUUACACUACAGCCACAUCGAACAGAUUGAACUACUUUGUAGGUGGAGAAGUUAUCAAUUUGGGACAUUUCGACCAUAAAUACUACAUUAUUGGAUAUAAGGCAGGAACUGAUGGUAAAUUAUAUCUCAUUGACAAAUCAUUCAACGUAAUUUCUUGGUUCGUUAACGCCGAAGUUUUGGAAUUACAAACUUUAGUGAUGAGAGGGGACUUUGAACAAUAUGCUACUAAGACUUUGGUGGAUGAAGAAAGUGGUGAAGACAUCCCAGAUCUCUCAUCAAUUUCUUUAGAAGAAUUGCUGGAUGAUUACCGUAAUACACUUCAAUCUUUCUCUAAGACUGAAUCUAACCAAAUCUCGAGAUUUUUUGAAAAAUUGGGAUACCUUACUUUGUCAUUUUCAUUAUCACAAGACUUUGACUCAAAAUUCCAAAUAAGUCUUUCUACCAACAAUUUAAGACAGGCCUAUGAAUUACUCGUAGAAAAUCAAAAAGAUAACGCUUCGUUGGCUAUUGCCAAUUCGGCAAAGUGGAAAAAAUUGGCCGAAUUAGCAAUGAAAAAAUGGCAAAUCAAAUUGGCUCUUGACUGCUAUUGGUUAGCCAAUGACUAUAAUUCCUUGUUAUUGUUGUUAUCUUCCACAAACAAUCAUAAAGAAUUAAGUAAAUUAGCAGAAGCUGCUGAAUUAAAGGGUAAAUAUAACAUAGCAUGGCAAGCAUGGUGGUUAACUGGUAACAUUGAAAAGUGUCGUGCAUUAUUGAUCAAGAGUGAUAGGUUAACUGAAGCUGCAUUCUUUGGGAAGAAUUAUGGAUCUGGAGAUGAAAAGACUGAAGAAGUAUUGAAGCUUUGGAAGGAAAAAUUAGGUGACAAAAGUAAAAGUGGAAUUGCAGACAGGUUGGAACUUCCACAAGCGGAACAAAGUUUGAUUGAUCUUGGUGAGGAUAAGGCUAAUGGAGACUUAGUGGAGAAAAAUGGAACAGUAGAUGAAGAACAAGAGGAAGAAGACGAGCAAGAGGAAGCUGCUGAAGAACAAGAACAAGAAGAGGAGGAAGAGGAAGAAGAAGAAGAAGCCUAG